ACGAAAUAAAAAAAGAAGAUUAACUUAGAAAGAAAAAAAUUCUAUAGGUUAAAAAUUCGUAAACAUGGCGGAUAAUGUUAUGGAUUCCGAAGAUGAUAGUAAACAAAUAAUUUCAAAUAACUGUAAUAAACAAUGGGUGAAAUUAAAUGUAGGUGGUACAUACUUCUUAACUACAAAAACGACAUUAGCAAGAGACCCUAAUUCAUUUUUAUACAGGCUGAUACAAGACGACAGGGAUUUGAUAUCAGAUAAAGAUGAAACUGGGGCUUACCUGAUAGACAGAGACCCCAACUAUUUUUCACCUAUUUUGAAUUACCUUAGGCAUGGGAAAUUAGUGAUCAAUAAAGGAUUAGCUGAAGAAGGUGUAUUAGAAGAAGCAGAAUUUUAUAAUAUUGCUGAACUCAUUACAUUAGUCAAAGAAAGAAUUAUGCACCGUGAUAACAGACCCACUAAAGAUGGCAAGAAACAUGUUUAUAGAGUGUUACAAUGUCAUGAGGAUGAACUUACUCAGAUGGUGUCCACAAUGUCAGACGGAUGGAAAUUCGAACAGUUGGUGAACAUCGGAUCGCAGUACAACUACGGUGCCGACGAGCAUGCGGAAUUUCUUUGCGUCGUUAGCCGGGAGUACGGAGCCCCAGAGAGUACGGAAGUCAAAGGCGAGAGGGAGGACAGAGCGAAGGUACUGCAGCAGAAAGGGUCUAGAAUGUAGAAUGUAGGCGGAGGCCAGUUGGGGAAGGAUUUUUGUCAAACCAUUGUCGUUUUAAUUGGACAUCUAGUUAGUAGGCGAGAGGUAUAAUGGGGAAGUUUCCCUCAGAUGAAUUUUCAU